GGCAAUACAUAUCACAUGACCACAUCUCCUCCAGACUGCAUGCAGUUUGGUAUUAAAAUGUUUUAGUGCCAUCAACCAUUGUGUUGUUACAUAUUUGAGAUGGUACAUGUAAGUUGAUCUAUCGUAACGAUUUAAUCCAUCACGAUUCCAAGAGGGACUGACGGCGAACAUCGUUUCAGCUCGUUGAUCUCAGGUUGUGUCCAGAAAGUGCAGAGAGCUACUGAAAGCAAAACAAGCUAGCUGCUCACGUUAGUCAGGUCGGACGGACGGCGGCGAGGCCCCAACCGGACGGGAACACGGGGGAACCAUGGCCAACAUCGCAGUUCAGAGGAUAAAACGAGAAUUUAAGGAAGUGAUCAAAAGCGAAGAGACUAGCAAAAACCAGAUAACAGUGGACCUGGUUGAUGAGAACUUCACAGAGCUCAGAGGGGAGAUAGCAGGGCCACCUGACACGCCAUAUGAAGGGGGUAAAUAUCAACUAGAAAUUAAAAUUCCAGAGACGUAUCCAUUCAAUCCUCCUAAGGUGCGGUUUAUCACAAAGAUCUGGCAUCCCAACAUCAGUUCAGUCACAGGUGCGAUAUGUCUGGACAUACUCAAAGACCAGUGGGCGGCUGCAAUGACGCUGAGGACGGUCCUCCUGUCACUACAAGCCUUACUGGCAGCCGCAGAACCAGAUGAUCCACAGGACGCAGUGGUAGCCAAUCAGUACAAGCAGAACCCAGAGAUGUUCAAACAGACAGCGAGGCUCUGGUCUCAUGUUUACGCAGGCGCUCCCGUCUCCAGUCCAGAGUACACACGUAAAAUAGACAAACUCUGUGCCAUGGGCUUUGAAAAAAAUGCAGUAAUAGUGGCGUUGUCGUCAAAAUCCUGGGACGUGGAGACAGCAACAGAGCUACUGCUCAGUAACUGAUUCUCAACACCCUAUUCAUCUUCCUCUUGAUCCCUAUUUCCCCCCUCUCAUACAUACAUACAUGCCCUCUCUCCUCCAAAUUUCCAGCUAUCUCAAGUCGUCUCCCCCCGUUUGCCCCCUUCUGUGACAAGGUGGAGUCCUCACCUCCACAAACUCCCAUUCAUCCCCUCAGUGUGGCAUCUCUCCUCCAUGCUCAUCAUCUCUGCUGUACCACACUCCAAUCAGUCGCUCUGUGAGCUCUUAUCUGUGGUUUUCUUAGGUUCAUUCAACAUUCCACUCCGUACUACAAUCAGAAGUGUCACAGGCAUCUCUCUCUCACCUUCAAGAGCAAAUGCCAGACUUAACGACCCUGCCCACACCCGCCAGCCUGCCAGCUUUUAGGCUGCGUCCAGGAAGCUGCUGUCAGCGGCUUAUCCUUGCCUAUGCAGUGCAUUUACUUUUCAUUCGUGGAAACCUUUAGUAGGAGAUAGUAAAGACAUUCUUGGAGGCUCUUUUUGGCCUUGGUCAUGAUUUUAAUGCUCUGUUGGGCUGGUUAACUAAACAGGAAUUGAGCCAAGUUCUAGGAAAAUUGAAUUUUUAAAUUAGUAUCGCUUGUGAAAUGUUCUUCCAUUGCGUCAAACACUACAGAGAUAGAGUGUGCAUAAUUAGCUACUAAGUGGAACCUUUUGAAUCGUUUUUGUUACUAUGUCACUGGGAGAUUUUUAUGGCACAAAAGAGGGCAUAUAUUUUCUUUAAUGAUGUGGACAUUGAAAUACAAUUUUGUAAAAGUGAAGUGAGUUUUAUUCAGGCACCAAAUGGGAUGAGGCUCCUUCCUUGUUCUGUAAACCAGCUCGUAAAGUGUCACUGAGGUGUUCAGACAGUACCAGUUUUAAGCCACUGUUGUAAGAUAGUUAUCUUACAAACACAAAGCUCUUGCAGCAAACUCCAGCGCCCAUCCCUACACUUGUCAUCAACAAAGCAUUCUUCACUCAUCCCUUCCUCAUAUUUUCAGAAAAUAAAUCAUUUGUUUUUGCCCUCCUGCAGGAACACAUUCGGAUUCUUGUUUUUAAACAGAAAGCGAAACAAAAAACAUGUUCAGCAGUAACAAAACUUGUCAGAAGUCUGGAUGGCAAAAGAUCAAAACCAGUUUGAAAAAUAUUGCAGCAUCUUAACGACGCCAACGGAUAAAUAUGUCAAAAUGAUUCAUCUGUAAAUAAAGAUAUUAAAGUCUGUGUAAAUUAAAACAUUCUA